UCAGUGUGUGUGAGGAGGACGGAGGUAACUGCUGGUCUUGCUGGAUUCUCUCACUGAACAGGUGCUUCCGCCGCUGUCCUCUGCGGGUGUCCAAACGUUUACGCGGAGCUGCACCGGUGAGCUCCGACGCACCGGUGACUCACACAAGGAGGAGGUUGGGCCUCUCCAAAGCUACCAGGAAGCUUCUCAGCACACACUUUGUGUCUGAUGACAAGUCUCAGCGCUCGACAUCAGGAUUUGGAAUUUUUGUUUAACCAAAAGAAAACAUUCUUUCUUGAAAUGUGACAAAGUCUUGUUUAAAGACUCUGGUUCAUGAGCAAGGAUUUUUUUUCCGCUGUGCGCUCUGUCACAAAGGUGCAAACAGAACUACAGAGCUACAGCUGAGGGGCACUGGUAGCCCUGAAUAAUUGCCCCUCGACUGAAGGCGCCAAAAAGGCUUUUUCUUGGAUUGUCAGCAUAUUAUUAAAGGUCACUAUCCUUUCACCCCUCUUCCCCCUUGAGCCCCGUCUCGCUGCUUCAUUUUUCCCCUCUCUUUUUUAAAUUCCUCAGCCCUUGACUUUCAGAUUAUUGUGGGAUUAAAUAUUUGGCCCUCAGAAACCCCUGUUCAAAUGUCAUUUCCCACCCAGGAGUAUACUGAGACUGAAACUUUAACCAAAAUAACACCCAGGAGGAAGCAGUGAAGGAGAAAAGAGGGCUGGAAGAGGAAGGAAUAAAGGAGACUGAAGGGCAGAUGGCUUCACUGCUCGAAAACACCAACAGCUGGAUGAAUAAAACAUUUGAGUAGAGAGCGAGUCGUGACAUCUGGCUGAGGAGUGAGUGACUCGCGUUGCUGCUUUCCUCCUUUCUCCUUGUUCACUUCACUCUUUUCACUGAUCUACAUCCUUGUCUUCUUCACCCCCUCCCAUCCAUCUUUCUUUUCUCUCAUGUCAUCCUCGCUCUCUCUGUGGACACAGGAGUUCAGGUGGUCACUCAGACAGACAGAAACAAGCUUGUGACUCUGCUUGUUUCUACUUCUUGCGUUCCACCUUUGCGUGCCCUCUCCUGCUUGCCCUCCUUGUCUCUCUCUCUACCUCCUCUACGGUGUGGUGUGUGUGUGUGAUGGUGCGUCCCCUCCUCUCGGCCCUGGAGACAUGCCUGUGCAGGAGAUGGCGGUGAGUCCUGUCAAGUCUCUGUACUGGGAGCAGUUCCCUUCCAUGUCGCAGUGCCGCGUCUACUGCACGCCUGUUUACCACGAAGGCCUGGUCUAUGUGCUCGGGGGCUGCAGUGAGACCGGCAUGCCUCUGGACAGCGUUGAAGUCCUGGAUGUAGAGAGCCAGACGUGGAGCCAACUGCCUCCACUGCCUACUGCGCGGGCGGGGGCCUCAGCUGUGGUGCUAGGGGGCCAGGUUAUGGUGCUUGGGGGAAUGAAUCAGCAGCAGACCCCUCUGGCCUCUGUGGAAAUGUACCACCCCGAUGAGGGCAAAUGGGAGACAAAGGCGAGUCUGGGUCAGCCAUCCAUGGGAGUCACCACAGUGGAGAAAGAUGGAAAAGUGUAUGCGCUGGGGGGCAUGGGUGCAGACACAACACCACAGGCCCUGGUUAGGGUGUAUGAUGCAGAGAAGGACCAAUGGCACACAAUGACAUCUAUGCCCACACCGCGGUAUGGAGCCACGCCCUUCGUAAGAGGAACCAAAAUCUACGUGAUGGGUGGUCGCCAGGGAAAGAUGCCGGUGACAGCACUGGAGGCUUUUGACCUGGAGAUGAAGAGCUGGACACGUUAUUCCUGCAUCCCCAGCCGGAGGGUCUUCUCCUGCUGUGCUUCAAAUGAGCGAAGCCUCUUCAGCCUUGGGGGCCUCCAGCAGCCGGGGCCGCAUAACUUUUACUCCAGACCUCACUUUGUCAGCACCACGGAAGAGUAUGAUCUGGAUCAAGGUAUUUGGAUAAAACCCACUCGGAUGUCCAGGAUGAGGGAGAAGAGGGCUGACUUUGUGGCAGGAUGCCUGGGUGGAAGAGUCAUCAUAGCUGGUGGUCUAGGCAAUGAACCCUCGCCGCUGGGCUCGGUGGAGAGCUAUAACCCAGUGAAGCGGCGCUGGGAGUACGUGGCGCCCAUGCCCACCGCGCGCUGCUCCUCUGCUCUUCUGCAGGCGACCAACAUGCUGUUUGUAAUUGGUGGAGUUUCACAGGGACCCAGUAAUGCUGUGGAGGCCCUGUGCAUGCAGGAAGCAGUGUGACACAAAGACACACAUGAACACACGAGCAAGAAUAUGUGCAAACUGGCACUGAUAUUUUUCUUCAUGUGCGUGAACAGAGACACAAACACAUGAAAUGGAUCCACAGAUCCUGCUUGUACUCUUCUACCUUUAUGU